AUAUGUGAGGUUCAAUGUUACGUCAGUCAACUCUCCUGCUUUCAGGGAGCAGUGUUCGUAUUUCUUUAGUGCUGCUGGUGGUAUCAGCAGCUGCAGGAGUCAGUUGCAAGGGACCUCUUCAAGUACGCUGCAUGUAUCCUGAAGAGUGGAGUUGCUACAUGAGAUAAUUUGGGCUAUAUAUGAUCGCAUAGAGUUGAGAAGAUUCUUGUGGGAUGGACUGGAGCACAUAAAGCAGAACUGUAACUGGAGCACAUAAAGCAGAAACAUAAAAAGGAAAAUAAUAAGCUUUAAAUCCAAUUGAGCAACCAACCAGCAGGUCUCACUACGGCGCCUGAUGUAGUGUCCCUAUAAACCCCCAACACAGGAAUAAAAAAAGACAACUCGUGGUGUAUUAUAAACUUCAUAGUAAACUCUACGUACUGUGAGGGAACACAAGUAUUGUCAAAAUGCUAAGGAACAUUUUAUCCAAGAAAAUACUGCGUGACACCUCACAAGUGAGGUGCUUGGUCACCUCACCAGUGACAUGUACACUUCAUACUGUACUUCAUGAUUUCCAUGUUGCCAAGGAAGGUAAGAUGGUUGAAUUUGCUGGCUACUCUAUGCCAGUACAGUAUGGUAAAGUUGGCAUAGCAACCUCCCACAGGGAGGUACGCACCCACUGUGGUCUCUUUGAUGUCUCUCACAUGCUGCAGUCCAAGAUCCAUGGCAAAGAUCGCAUUAAGUUCAUUGAGAAAUUGAUUGUUGGGGACAUAGAAAGUUUGGAGGCCAAUACUGGCACAUUGUCACUAUUUACCAACGAGCAAGGUGGCAUCAUUGACGACCUGAUCUGCAGUAAGACAGACCAGGGUUACCUCUAUGUGGUGAGCAACGCUGGUUGUAAGGAGAAGGACUUGGCGCACAUGAAGGACCACUUGUCAUCCUUCAGAGCUGCUGGAGGUGAUGCUGAACUGGAGGUCAUCGACGAUCACGGUCUGGUGGCUGUUCAAGGUCCACGUGCAGCACAAAUCUUACAGCCCAUAUCAGAAGGAGGCCUUGAUGAUCUAUACUUCAUGAAUACACGAGAAAUGCAUGUAGCUGGUAUCCCAUGUAGAGUGACGAGGUGUGGCUACACUGGGGAGGAUGGAGUGGAGAUCUCUGUUCCUAAUAAUAAGGCAGUUGAGCUUUGUGAAACUUUGGUUGAUUUAGGUGUUCAUCUGGCAGGUCUAGGUGCUCGUGACUCACUCAGACUGGAGGCUGGCCUCUGUCUCUAUGGUAAUGAUAUUGACGACACCACAACUCCCAUAGAGGGAGGUCUGGCAUGGACUAUAGGAAAGAGACGCAGGGAAACUAAGGAUUUCUUAGGAGCAGAGAUAAUCUUGCGUCAACUAAAGGAGAAGCCAAAACGUCGUCGAAUUGGCCUUACUUGUAGUGGUCCCCCACCCCGAUCUCACUGCGCUGUCCUGGAUGCUGAUGGCAAUAAAAUUGGGGAUGUAAGUUUACACAGCAAUUUCUUUUUUAAAGUGAUAGUUUUAUGUAGGAAUAUAAUUUACAACCUGUGAUGAAUCGACAACUCU